AUGCUUUAUUUCAAAAAUAGGUGGAAAUACAGUUUUAUAAAAAAGUUAAUAAAGGACGGGGAAUUUGAGAUUUUGUUUAAAAUUAUUAAGUUAAUUGGUGAUAAAAUUUGGUUUUUUUUGGAGCAGUUUCGUAAUCCAAAAAUCCACGCUACUGUCCGAAGAAAAAUCUCUGCUUUAAAGAUGGACGAAGCGUACCUGGAUAACGGCGAGAAAACAGAUUUUCAGCAGUGGAUUGCCAUCCUUCUUUUUAUAAUAUUAGUUAAAGGAGCAAAUAAAACCCAAAAUACUUUGUUUUACCUUUUCGAUCAAAUCGAUUCAGUGUUUUCGGGGCGCACGAGACCUGUUUUUGUAUGCAGAGCGAAUUAA